AUGUCUUCUUUGUCAUAUCGGCUUUUAAAUAUUAAUACUAGGCUUAAAUAUACGACGUAUGCACAUGAAGCAUCAUCAAAACUUAGAAAUCGUGGCUUUUCCCGAAAAUGCAAAUCGCAAGUUCCAAGUGUUCAAGGAAGAGAUCUUCAGUAUGAUGAGCUGUCUCUUAAUGCGGCUAUCCUUAUCAAACAAUCUGAGCUAACGGCAUUCUUAGAUUCAAGUAUUGCGUCAGGAGAGGUUUUUAAUUUCCUACGGUUUUGUGAUUCCGUUUACAAAGAAUCACGAACACCUAAAGGAUUUCAACGUGGGUAUGUUAUACAGUCCUCACUGGUGUACGAAAAGCUAGCAAAUCAUUAUGCAAAAAGU